AGCCAAGAACAAGGUGUCAUAGCCAUUUGCAAUAGCCCCUCAAACUCAAAGCCAGACCAUGGCCACCUACUCCAGCUUCCAAGAAGAUACAGGGAGCUUAGAAUACAAGAAGCUUAACUUUGGCAGCCUGUACCUUUACCACACCCAGUUUGGCCCCAAGGCUAACCAAGAAGAUAUAAUCGCGCCCAAGAAUGGGUUAGGCCGGACAAUCGCCAACAACUGGGAAGUGUAUGACGGGGUCGGCCCUGGCUCCAAGCUUGUUGCCCGGGCACAGGGCCUGCAUAUAGAGGCUGGUAACUGGCACAACUCCUUCAGCCUAGUGUUUGAGGAUGGAAGGUUCAAGGACUCGAGUUUUGAGCUGAUGGGAAUACACUCUAUGUGGGAGUGGGCUAUUGUUGGGGGGACUGGAGAUCUUGCUAUGGCAACGGGUGUCGUAAAAAAGGUUACGUAUGAAAGUAACGCUGACGGAAAUAUUUUGGAGCUCACCGUCAGAGCAUUCUGCCCUGUGUUCAACGAGUCAACAGUUACGGAGAGCCCUGCCCUAAAGAUUGGGCCAUGUGGUGGACCUGGAGGGUACGCACAAGACAUCGAGGAGGGCCCCAAGCGUCUGGAAAGCAUCACAGUUCGAAGCGGAGUUGUUGUCGACUCCAUUGAGUUUUCUUACAUUGACCAUGCUGGCCGAAGGCGCUCUGCAGGGCCAUGGGGCGGUCACCGUGGCAAUCCACACACGAUCCAUUUGGACGCCGACGAGUUCGUCACGGAAAUGGCCGGAACAAUAGACAAAUUCGACAUAAACAACGACACUGUCAUAACUUCACUCAAAAUCGUGACUAACCUGCAGACUUUUGGUCCAUGGGGUGAUGAGAACGGAGCUCCUUUCACUAUCCCGGUGCAGAGUGGCAGUGGCAUUGUGGGCUUCUUCGGGCGCAGUGGGGUGUACCUCGACGCCAUUGGCGUUUAUGUGAGCCCCAUCUGAACGGUGGCAUGAAGCUUGAUACGUUCCGGUGCUGGGCAUCCACCAGAAUGCAGCCGUAAUAGUAUGGGCAACGACGUUUGCCAAUGUAUUGUUUUGUCCAAUAAAUAAUAGGGGUCUUUUUCGUUAGCAAUAGACUUGGUGUUAGGUCUGGGUUCUAGUUUUCAGAGUCUGUUGAGUCUUGUUCAUGGUUUUUCAGAUCUUUGCCACUCUCAGAGUCUAUCCGUCAGUCUGGAGGGAACGACCGUCAGUCAAAGUCGUGUUCAUGGUUUUCAGGUCAAGCUGGGCCGCUAUGUCUUUCCGUUGCUCUAUUUGUAACACUUGUUUAUAUGUAUGAAAUAAGAGCAGAAAACAUAUAUCACAGUUGUUAGCGGCACCAA